CCCAACCUGUCUGAUUAGACCGAGUGAACUCACAGAGAGGCGUCUUGGUUGGUUAGCGGUAAAGAGUUCGUCGUCUCGCAGCGACUGGAUCAGCAAAGAAGAGGUGCAGCUACAUCCGCCACACAGAACAUGGCGGACCCUGAUGGGCAGAAACAUCCGGCGCCCAUCCGCCCGCGAAUAGGUUUGUCUCCUGUUGGGCCCAGUGAUUCGGUUACGUCAUCAACCUACGCUUUGAUAGCUCGCUCUUUGAGACGGGAGCAGAGGCGCAGCCUGGUGAGGUGGACACGUGGGACACAUCUCUGCUGGGAGCUGUGAGAGAAGCUGGUGCCCCUGCCCAAUGGAAAUUAGACUAAACUUGCAGUAAUGGGCAGAAGCUAUUUUGUGGAAGAAGCUGUUGGACAGUAUCUUUCAGACUUCAGCACCAAGCCAAAGGCUUGUGUCACUGGCCUGUUGAUAGGGCAGUGUUCCCCACAAAGAGAUUAUGUGAUUCUGGCUAUUCGAACACCUCCAAGAGAAGAGCAAAAUGAAAGCAACAAAAAUUAUCAUCCAAAAUUGGCUGACGUUGAUGAAGAAUGGGUAACAGCACAUGCUAGUCAGUUGUCUAGAAUGCUCCCUGGAGGACUGCUAGUUCUUGGUGUAUUUAUUGUUGCAGCUCCAGAACUGGCAAAAGACAUCCAAAAUGCUUUGCGCAAGCUAGUUUUUUCAGUAGAAAAGUCUGUAGUUAAAAAGAGGCUCUGGAAUUUUACUGAGGAGGAGGUCUCUGACAGAGUGGCUCUUCACAUUUGUUCUGCUACAAAGAAGAUACUUUGUCGAACCUAUGAUAUGCAAGAUCCAAAGAGUUCACCUAAGCCAGCAGACUGGAAGUACCAAAGUGGCCUGUCUGCCUUCUGGCUAUCCUUGGAGUGCACAAUUAAUGUUAAUAUCCACAUCCCACUUUCUGCUACAUCAGUCAGCUAUGAACUAGAGAAAAAUACUAGGAACGGAUUAACCCGGUGGGCAAAACAGAUAGAGGAAGGUGUUUUUCUGAUCAACGGGCAAGCUAAAGAAGAUGACACAGAGCUAUUGGAAGGGCAGAAAAAGUCUUCAAGAGGAAAUAUUCAACACCGUAUUCAACCCUUUGAUGUGAAGGUUCUGACGCAAUUGUCCCAGAGUUCAGGCCAUCAAUCUGCAGCAAUGGUGCAAGUCUGCAGUGGUUCCAUUAAUCUUAAAGGUGCUGUGAAAUGCAGAGCUUACAUCCAUAAUAACAAGCCAAAAGUUAAAGAUGCUAUUCAGGCUUUGAAGAGGGAUAUAAUAAACACACUCUCUGAUCGUUGUGAAAUAUUGUUUGAAGAUCUGCUUAUAAAUGAGGCACCUGCCAAAAAAAAUUCUGAGAGAGAGUUUCAUGCCUUGCCUCACAGAGUGUUUGCCUCCAUUGCUGGAUCAAAUGUGAUGCUGUGUGAUUAUAAAUUUGGAGAUGAAACGGCUGGCGAAAUCCAAGAGCGUUUUACUGAGAUGUUGGAUCAAGUUGUGCAUGGGGAAGCUAUGCACAUAGCCGAGGAAAUAAACACAGUUGAUAUAAAUCCACCUGUCGACAACACAGAUGACAUGCAACAGAUACAAUUGACAAAAGCAACGCUGCUAUCGAAACUUCAACAAAACAUGGGUGUAGCAAUAGCAGCUGCAGUUGCAAUCUUUGCAGUAACCUUCUCCUUUAAUUACUUCAGUGACUAGACUCCAAGCAAAAGAAGCAGUCUAAUCAUCAUGGGAACACUGACCAAUAUUCACAUUAAUACAAGGUGGAAGCUUCGAAGAUUUCAUAUGAUAGCAACUAAACAUGUUGCCUAAAAUACACCAGUUAGGUGUGUUCUAAUUGUAGUGAUCUAUUCAUCUUAUUUUAACAUGCAAAUACUGUAGGUGGAUCAGAUAUCCAGGAAACUAAAGGUAUAUAUCAUUGAUGGAAAUUGCCUGUAAAAUAGCAUUAUUUUCCAGGAAGAAUUCUUUAAAAAAAGAAGAAGAAAAAAAAAAAAAACCCCUUUUCCCAGCUACUUGAUUACAAUUUCAUUGUUAAAAGCUUAACUGUAUUUUUCAAGAGACAUUUUCAAGGUUGCUGGAUCUUAACGUUUGCCCUUUUGUAAUUAUUUACUAUGACAGGUCUUGCCUUAAGGAAUCCUUUAACAUUGAUAUGGGCUAAAGUGCUGUUAAGUAUUUAAAAAAAAAAAAAAAAAAAAAAAGACAAGGAUUGAAACCCUGGCCCCGCUGUAGUCAGUGGCAAAACCCUGAUUUCAGUGGCACCAGAUUUUCACUCCAUAUAUUCUUUUUGUUAAAGCAUGUGCAUCCAGUGGCGUAGCUAGGCGGAGCGAACAGGGGCAGUGGACAUUAAAAAAGGUGCCACCCGCUUAUACUCAGCGGGUGGCGCUUCGGGUCCUCGGCAGCACUGAAGGCCAAAAUGCUGCCAAGGAUCCGGAGCGCAUGAAGGCCCCUGCCGAGCCGGAGACCCGGAGCACCACCGGGUGAUUAAAAUUAAAAAAGGCCCCUAUAAAUUAAACAGGCGCCACUUGUGCUCAGAGGGCGAACGGCCGCUCCCCCCAGCUAUGCUACUGUGUGCAUCAGGUUGGUUAACUGAUGUAAUAAAUAUGCAAAUAGUUUGUAGCAGCCCCAAAAUCCCAUUUUAGGCCAACACACACUAUAUAAAUAUCUUAGCUCAAGCAUCAUAAACAGAAAUUAAUGCUUCCUUUUUCAUCAUGAUCUGACUUAUCCAUCCAAUCCUGAUUGACUCAAUUCCCCUCUUUCCGUUAAGAAAGAUAUAUCUGAUAAUUCCCCAGAUAUUCAAAUCCCAAAUAUGGAGACAGGCGUGAAUAAUUUUAUAAGUUUUUAGAGGCUGAUAAAUAAUUAAGGUUUUUAAGAUAUGAAUAAGAGAGGUAAGUCUGUGCUAUCUUUAAAGUAUAUUAUUGCUUUCCAAGGAAAAAUGUUUGACACAAGGUUCACAAAUAUCACUUUUAUACAAAAGUUGUUGGCAUUCAUGUAGUUCAAGUAACUAUAUAAACUGAUAUGUACCAGACUGAACGGUAUUUAACCUUUGUAACUACAGCUUAAUGAGUUUAUAUGCAAAGGUACUGAAAUUGCAGGAAGAAAUCGGAAAGCUUUGAGCCUACAGCAUAAUCAAGCAUAAAAUAUUAGCAAACUUUGAAUAAAAGGUAUCUUGCAAAUGAAAUAAUGUUAAAAUACCUCGCCUGUUCAUUUGAUUUUUAUAUUCUGGAAACAAUAAACCCAGUAAAAGAAAAAUUUGAUGUUCAGAUUUGUACAAUUACUGCUGUGUUGCUAAAGAUCAAGAAAAGCUUAGACUGACUCUUAGAGUAAACGGCAGCUAUAAAAAGCAUUGUCUUCAUUAAGCAUUAUUAACACACCAAAUUUGAACAUUAUAGAAAUUCUUUUUAAUUGUUGGCCAAAGGCUAAAUUUCAGACUUGGAGCAUUGUUGAGGCCUGUAUUAGGCAGUGGUGGCCUCUCUGAUGUACUCUCUUUUCUUCUCACUGCAUUGUUUUGAAUGGAGCAACUGGAAGGGCGAGGAAGAAAACAAGGCCCCUUAUAGCAAAGUGCAGGGAUGCCCUCCUGCAGCAAAUUUAUUUUGCAAAUAUGUGCUAUUUGACAUAAAUCUGAUGGAUUCAUCAGAUGCAAAAUAGAAUUAUGACAAAGUAUCUUCUUAAUGAGCCAGGGACAAAUCAAUAGUGGCAGGUAUGGUUCAGCAAUCUCAAGACUUUUUGAAAUUUAAAAAAAAAAAAAAACCUGCUCCUCACAAGUCUGUUCCUGUCUCCUGAGAGAAUGGUAGGAAGAAGUCAGUCUGUCCUCCUAGUUAUGAGUAGGUACUUUAUUCCUUCCCCACUUCUGGCUGCUAAAAGAAGGUGGACCUUGGACUUUGGUACCUAAGUUAUCUCUUUUUCUCCCCUGGGUCUCUCAGUUGAGAACACAGUGGAGGCACUCAAGAAAGGAAAAGAGUGACUGCCAGGGCAUUCUCCAGUAGGGGUCCUUGACUUUGGCAUUUGAUUUCUCACCUGCCAAAAAUAAAUCUCAUAGUCGGCCAGAGCCCAGGUUUGUUAAUAAAGAGCGAUGUGUGUAUUUUUGGGAUAAGUCAUAUUGCAAAGGUUAAUUCUUUUAAAAUAGUAAUCUGUGAAAUAUGUUAAUUGUUGACCGGCUGGUAUUGUGAUGACUUAGUCAAAAUAUAGCAUUUUAAAUAAAAAAGAGAGAGGUGAUCUUUUCUGAAUACUUUAUUAAAACUAGACAAUGUGAAAAUAUUUUAUUACUGUUCUUAUUGUGUAUAUGUAUAAACAAGUCUGCUCCAUACCUGUCGUAACUGCUCAUUUACAUGCUUUGUACGUUGUUCUCAUCCACAUUUGUUAGUAUUUUGCCUACAUAGAUGGUGAACUCUGAGACUGGUAAACUGUUAUUGUAUGUGAAAUGCCAAAACAAAGCUUUAGUGAGUAAUUAAUAAAUGUUCCUCACAAACAUCUGUCUGAAGUAUACAAGUCUAUCCCCAUUUUUACAUGUGGGGAAAUUGAGCCUGACACACCACAAGGAGUCAAUAUUGGAGGUGGGAUUAGAAUUAGUGAGUUCAUGGCUCCUGUUUUUCUACUCAGAUCAACCCUCUCUCCUUAACUCUAAUGUCACCAUGCUUUUUAUUAGGGCAUGCUUACACUAGGAGCACUUUACCAGUAUAAGAAAACUGGUAUAGUGUACAGGCAAAGUGUUUCUUUGAGUCCCGCCACUCCCUUUUUGGCACCCCUCCCCCCCACCAUGAGCAAAACAGAUUAUACCAGUAAAAAUGCGGUUUUGCUGAUAUAACUGCAUAUGCCCUAGGGGCUUCAACAUAGCAGUGCCCAGCCAGUCUGGGAUCACAUCUCUUCAUGUCCCUGACUGACCUAGCGAAGUCUAGUCAGAGCAUUUAAAUAAUUCUUUAUAGACUUUGAAGUUCACAUCUCUCCUGCACCUAAAAAAACUAAAUUGCAACUCUGUCACUUUUCCCCCAUCAAUUUGUUACCUUUAUCCCACACAAAUUUGUGUGUAAAUCCUCUUUUAUUUUUACAGAAUUGUGAAGGAUUAAAGAAUAUGGUGAAGAAUUCAAAUAAUUCAGUCGAAUGAAGAGUUUCCUGUACCAGUAAUGUUCUCCUUGGUACCAUAGGUUGAGGGAUAUGAUCAGUAUUGUGAUUUAGGAUUUUACUGAAGUUGUUUAGUGAAAAUGCAUUUAUUGAAGGUUAGUUCUGAAAAUAAUGAAGCAAUAGAUGAUGUACUCUAGGGAAUAAUCAUGCAGUGGCAGGGAUAGGUGGCUAUUUCUGUAUCAAGGUUUUGUUCUUUGGGAUUUCUUGUACUCCAGAUCUGCCUCAAAUUAACAUGGCCAGUGCAGCCUUUUGAAAGUAAUAUUGCAAAUGAAUAAUAAAAGGAGUGCUCCAUUUUGGGGGGAAAAAAUCCGUAUCUGAAGUUGGUGAAGUAUGAGGUCAAAGGAUUGUUUCUGAAAAAAAUGAAGCACCCCCUCUCUCUUUAUAAAAGUGAAUUUGUUAUUAAGUUCAAAAUUUCUAAUGUGCCUUCAUAUGUGCACCCAGACAUACUAAUGUUUAUCUUCAGUGGGGAAAGUCUAAGACAUAAUUAUUCUCUGCUCAUUUAUUUUCAGAAUCCAGCCAUUAAAAAUGAGGUGGGGAUGUAGAAAGCCUCAGCAUAUGGCAUUUGAGGAUAUCACAGUCUCAUUCAGCAGAGGAGUAUUUUAUUGAGCCAAGAACUCACUUUAUUAUGCAACAUUCCAAUAGUGGCUCUGCAAUCUGGCUGCCAGCCGCCACUUGUAGCGUAAUUCAGAGUUUAGCCAUAUUUGCUGUUCCAUGGAUGCUUGGAAGUGGACCAUAUUUUAUCCACAUGUUUAUUUCUUAUUUAAUAUAUCACCUAGAUUUGUUUUAUUUUAUGCGGAGAGUGCUGACAGUGUGCUUGGUGUUGUCAGAUGAAUUAUUUUAAUAAAAGUGUGCAUAAUGGAUUUAGCAAAGCCUGACUCAUAUGUUUAAGAUUUGGGAGUGGACACUGAGGAAUUGAAAUAGCCUAAGGUGAAACACCAGGUAUAAUGCAAGGCUAACUUUGAAGUUUUUUUCUUUCUUUCUGAGCAAUGGGCAGGGAAAACCUAAUACUUUGCUCCUUGACGAAUUAAUGGAAGUAAAUUAAUAAAAACCUCUCCAACAAACAUUGCGAAUUCAGUUAACAUCUCCACAAGAACUGAGCCCAGCAAACAUCCUGCCCUUAGGAAACAGUGGGUGAAGUAAGAAACAGACCUUGCCUGCCUCUCUGUGGGCUAUCUGCAACUCUCACUACAGAAAGAUGGAAUGUGAUCUGAGAACUGUGGGGACAAGGGAAGGGAGAUUGCUUAGCUUUUUAGCAUUAACGCUACAAUUGCCUUACUAACUAUAGUAGCCUAAGAAACUAGGGAAAUGGGCAUUUUUAAAAAGAGGAAGAAGUCAGGACUGAGAAUAAAACAAAAGUGAUAGGGACUAUUUAUUAGUGGUUCCCUGUCUCUCUCUCUCUUUCUCACGCCUACGCCCUUGCAAGAUCUAACCUUUCACUAUGAGGCAUAUAGUGGAUCUGAAGGAUCCAGUUGAAAUCUGAGGUCCCCCUCACUUGAAUUAUAAUGAAGAUUUUCAGGUGAGACCUACAUAUUCAUUUGCUUGUCUCCACUGAUAUAUCUGGAAAAAAAAAAUCUAAUAAUAAGCCCUCAGUUGGAACUGCUGGGUGUUCCACACUUACGAAAACCUGGCCAAUUAUUGUACAGAGGUAUGUACGUUUAGGCACUGCAGGUUUGAAAACCUUGAUCCAUACUCCUAUAUAAAUCUUUUAUUUAUUUUUCCUUGCCUGUCACAUGCUAAUCUUCGUUGGUUUGGCAGUUUUGCUUUAAAUACAGUGGCUUCAAAUUAUUGUACAUUAUAUAGCUGUUGGCUGAAUUUUAUGCUAAAGUACAUGGGUAACUACUGAAAUCAACAAAGUUAAACUGGUGAAACCUAGAGAAGAACUUAGGCCUCAGAGGACUUGUGUAUGCUAGGAUCCAUAAUUUUCCACUGGUACAGAUGUACUGCUUAUGGCGGGGCUGAGUGAUACAACAGUCAUAAUGCCUGAGCUCUGUCUACGCUAGCGUCUACUAUUGCUCACUCCAGUGGGGUGACACCAGAUGUGAAUUACAAGUCCCAUUUUUACCAGUGUGUACACGCAGCCAAAGAUGCUAGUUUUAUUUCCCCUGAUCCAAAGCCUAUUGAAGCAAAUGGACGGAUUCCCAUUGAAUUCAGUGAAUUUCAGAUUGGGGCUAUAGAUAGCAGGAAGUUUUGUUCCAUGGGUUCAUUAAAUCUUUUACUCUUUGUCAUUCAAGAAUCUUGUAUGCAAUGAUUUACAAUAUGUGACUCAAAUCCUGCCUCUCAGUGAGUCUUUCUUUCCUGGAGAAAUGUUGAUUAAUGCUGUGAUCAAAGCUUUGCUUUUAAGUUUGGUAAGUCAUGAUCACCUUCUGUGGAGUGUUGUUGCUAGUACUAUUUGGAUGCUGCAAUGGCACCACAUGGAUGUUUCAUUGUGAUAGUUAUGGGUUAAAGGAAUCCUCAGGAAAAUCCUGCUGAAGCACUCAUGAUCUGCCUCUUAAGUUGAAAUGUGGUGGUUUAUUUCCUAUAGCCAGCUAUGGACGCAGCUUCUGACUUAUUUUAUAUUUUAUUUUUGUGUUGGAUGGGAGGGGAAAGGAGCGUGCUGCUUCAUCAGAAAUGAUCAUUUCCUUCCCUUCACUGUUAUGUUCUCUCUCCUCUGUGCCACAGAUCAGUAUUUUAUUCAUUUCCCUCUCACCACCACCACUCUGCAUGGGAUAAUAAUUAUUCACCUCAUGCUACAGCUAAAGAGGAAAGAGCCCAAUACCUGGUGGUAAUUGUUUGCCCCUUCAGGUGGCAACUGUUCCAAAAAACCACACCAAGCCCCUACUCACUGGAAUAGAAAUGUUACAUAAGAUCAGCUGGAUUACUUUUAGCUAGGGAUGGAAAUGUGAGGGGGCAGAGAACAGAAAGGGGCUGCUUUGAAAGAGCCAUGUGCUGCCUGCAUUAUUCCACCAAGCACCAUAGUGGAGGAUUUGACUAAUGUAAAAUACCAGCUAUACUUGACAAUUCUUGGAGAAUUCAUGUCUCAGCAUUGUGUCAUUUAAGUUCUAGGUUGAAAAGAAAAUUGUCAAUCAUUUUAUAGUGUGAAAUAGUCUAAAUAGUAGUUUAGAUUGAGACGGGAGUGCAAGUGGAUUUAUGUUUGAAAGUUAGGGAACCGUCACUUAUUUAUAUAGUUCAUGAAUCUCAUGUUGUGUGAUAAGUGUUUUAUCUGUCUAUCAAUAUGUGUAAUGCACUUACAUGCUGCUUUCUCUAUUUAGCUCCCUCCCUCCUUUUGAAAUGAAGUCUGCUUUUUGCCUGCUGGCUUGCAAUGAAUAUUACCAGAAAGCAUGUCUAAUGGCGAAGUGGGUUUUCAGCAUUACCUAAACCAGGCAUACGCCCCAUUUGAAUGUCUUUUAUUUUAAAAAGGAACAUAUUUUAAGUUUGAAGUUCAAAAUAAGUUUAAAAAGGAUAUGUUUUGCAAACCUCCAUAUUGUAUUGCUCUAUAGGCAAAUGGUGUCACUUUUCAGAGUAACAGCCGUGUUAGUCUGUAUCUGCAAAAAAGAAAAGGAGUACUUGUGGCACCUUAGAGACUAACAAAUUUAUUUGAGCAUAAGCUUUCAUGAGCUACAGCUCAUUUCAUCGGGUGUCACUUUGAAUUCAUAUGUAAUGUUUUUCUGGAUGAUUGCAAGUGAGAAAAAAAUAUAUUCGAACAGUAACAAAUCAAGGAGUUGAUGUUGGAGUUGUGCCAAUGAAUGUUCUGCAUGUGGCUGGGGCACUAAGAUUAGGAGGAUUAAUGGACAUCUACAUGCUCAGCUCCCAUCAAAAUCAACUGGAAUUCUGCACAUGGAGCAUUUGAUCUGACCUUGACCCUAAAGGGAAACUUACUAGCCUAGUUUUGUUAUCCAUCGUGAAUAAAAUUCAAAAAGCUAGCAAACAGUAGCAAUGGUGAAAUGUAAGCUAGGUUGAUAAAUGUGUAAGUCUUAAUAACCUGAGGUGGUGUCAGUAAUGAUCAAACUACUCGGCCUCAAACCAUGCCAAUGAGUAAUAUCAAAAUGUGACAAAUGGGCAACUUGUGUUUCAUUGUAUUUUGUGCCAUAAUUGACGUUCUUAAGUGGUUUUAACUAUAAAACAUAAGGAACUUUUCUCAGUGAAAGAAAGAACAAAUCGUUGUGUGCAUUGACCCUGCAUUCCUUUAGUCCAAACAGCCUCUUUGUUCCCCACAUGUCCCUUUUUUAAUAACAUGUUUCAAAAUUUGAGUUUGGUGAACUUUUUUUCUAACGAGUUGGAAACCUUUCUGGUAGUUCCUCAUAAGGAUCAUUAAGGUACAUUUUAUGAAUGACUUUCAUAUUUGUUAUUGAAGUUUUGAUUCUUUGUUAAGCUUUAUUCAUAUUAAUUACAUAAACACAAAAUAUAAUUGCUCAGGAAUCACAAAUAUUUUAACUAAGCAACAUCAAUGGUCAGAACGUGCUACAACACUAUACU